GGCUGUUCCAGGCGAAUUGUUCAAAUUACGGAAACAGUUGCUGAGUAGAGUGAAAUUUAUAACGGAGAGAACGGUGAACGGAGCACGGAUUCUUUGAGCCUCGCGCGCGUAUCGCUUAUCAGGAGUCGACCAGGCACUCAUCAAGUGAAAGUUGUCAGCUAUCGGAGUGCACGGUGUACGGUACGAGUGGAGUGAGAAACUACGGAGAAAGUAAAAUACUAAACGCAAAACAAAUAAAUCACACACUGAGGAGAAGAAAAGAAUAAACAAAAUUGUGAUAUGCAUUUGAACAUAUUCAUUGCGAAAGUGAAUUAAAUACGCGGGCAAAGCGUUUCAAUUAAGGGAAAAUCGGAAACGAAAAAAUCACCCAAAAUGUAUGGCUUCGUUAACUACGCCCUGGAGCUGCUGGUUCUGAAGCACUUUGGCGAGGAGCUAUGGGAGAAGAUCAAAAAAAAGGCCAUGGUCAGCAUGGAGGGACAGUUUCUGGUGCGACAAAUUUAUGACGAUGAAAUAACAUACAAUCUAAUUGGAGCAGCUGUCGAGAUACUCAAUAUACCCGCUGAUGAUAUUCUGGAGCUGUUUGGCAAGACCUUCUUUGAGUUCUGUCAGGAUUCGGGCUACGACAAAAUCCUGCAAGUGCUUGGAGCCACACCGCGUGAUUUCCUGCAGAAUCUGGAUGCCUUGCACGACCAUCUCGGCACCCUGUACCCCGGCAUGCGGGCUCCCUCCUUUCGAUGCACAGAGAAGGACGGCGAGCUGCUGCUGCACUACUACUCGGAGAGGCCUGGCCUGGAGCACAUAGUCAUCGGCAUAGUUAAGGCCGUUGCAUCGAAGCUCCAUGGCGUCGAGGUGGAAAUCGACAUUGUAAAGCGCAAAGGAGAGCCCAUCGACGAGGCCGAGAAGCUGCGCGCCCUCGCCCGCGAACAGCAGCAAUUGGAGACGGACACGGCGACAGCCGCAGCCUCUGCCUCUGCCGCAGCGGUGGUUCUCGCUCCUUCUGCGGAUGCUGAGCGAAACAAUAAUCACAAUCCCAGCAGCAAUAAUGGCCUGGCCAACAACAGCAACGGUUGCAGUGCCAACGUUAACGUCAACAACAACAACGAUGGCCAAGAGAAUGCCAGCGAGACAGAACCCUCCAUCGCACCACCCGGCGGCCCCAUGCCACAAGACAGCUUCGAUUGUGACGGCGACAAGGAGCAGAAGUGCCUGCGCCUCCUGAAGAACAAGAGCGACGACAUCGAGCGCUACGACCAUGUGCAAUUCCUCAUAAGGGAGAUCAAUGUGGCGGCCAAGUCGCAAGUUGAUGCCAAGAAGGAUGAGGUGCCCGAUGACAUGGAGUUUCUCUGCGAAGCACCCCUCAUAUCGCCCGCCACAUUCUGCAAGGUGUUCCCCUUCCAUCUGAUGUUCGAUAGACAAAUGAAAAUCGUUCAAGCAGGCAAGGCUGUCUCUCGUGUAAUACCCAGAGUGGCCGAGGAGAACUGCUCCCUGAUAGAGGUGGUGGAGGCCAUCCGGCCGCAUCUGCAGCUCAACUUUGAGAACAUUCUCUCCCACAUAAACACCAUCUAUGUGCUGCAGACACGACAGGGGGCCAUGAGCAGCCGGCACGAGCAGCGUUUUCUGAGACUGAAGGGACAAAUGAUGUACAUACCGGAAACGGAUCGCAUAUUGUUCCAAUGCUAUCCGAGUGUCAUGAAUCUGGAUGAUCUAACUAAAAAGGGGCUAUACAUCUCGGAUGUGCCGCUGCACGACGCGGCCAGGGAUCUGGUGCUGCUCUCCGAGAAGUUCGAGGCGGAGUACAAGCUCACAAAGAACCUGGAAAUGCUCACGGAUAAGCUGCAGCAGACGUUCCGCGAUCUGGAGAGUGAGAAGCAGAAGACCGACAGGCUGCUCUACUCGGUGCUGCCAAAGUCGGUGGCAAAUGAGUUACGACACCAGCGUCCAGUGCCGCCCAAACGCUACGACUCCGUGACGCUGAUGUUCUCGGGCAUUGUGGGCUUUGGCCAAUACUGUGCGGCCAACACGGAUCCCGACGGGGCCAUGAAAAUCGUGAAAAUGCUUAACGAGCUCUACACGGUUUUCGAUGCCCUCACCGACUCCAAGCGUAACCUGAAUGUGUAUAAGGUGGAAACUGUUGGCGAUAAGUACAUGGCAGUGUCCGGGCUGCCGGACCCCUGUGAGGAUCAUGCCAAGUGCAUGGCACGCGUGGCCCUGGAUAUGAUGGAUAUGGCCAAGAAUGUGAAGAUGGGCUCAAAUCCAGUGCAAAUUACCAUCGGCAUCCACUCAGGCGAAGUCGUGACAGGUGUGAUUGGCAAUCGAGUGCCGCGUUACUGUCUCUUCGGCAACACCGUGAACCUCACAAGCCGCACGGAGACCACAGGCGUGCCCGGCCGCAUCAACGUCAGCGAGCACACCUACAGACUGCUGUGCCAGACGAUCAACCAAGAUGAUUCAUUUCAUUUGGAGUACCGUGGUCCGGUUAUUAUGAAGGGCAAGCCCACGCCCAUGGACUGCUGGUUCCUGACGCGUGCCACUAGCAGCCUGGGAGCGAGUGGUAGCGGCGCCACAGCCGGCGGCAAUGGCAGCCUGGAUUCGCCGCUCCUCCAGCCCACCACGCCGACGGGCGCGCCGGGAGCGCCGGGUGCAAGCAGUCAAAGAUUGGGCGCCCAUACCAGUAUCUCACGUACCUCGUCGGCUGGGCCCGGUGGGGCAGCCAGUGCGUCGCCGUUGGACACAUAGGAAAUGUGCAAGGAUUCGUCUUGCUGCUGCUGAAACAUCCUGUAAAGUUGCCCCAGCAAAAGCUACGUGUCUGUGUGUCAGUCUCGUCCGUCUGCCUGUCUGUCCGCCUGUCUGGUCCCCCAAGUCGACCACUUAACCACUUCAUUUCUGUAUUUGUCCUGCCUGCAUCUAUGUGGCCUGCAUGUUCAUCUAUGCCUAAGUAUAUCCGUGUGUGUGACUGUUGCUGGUGGCACGUUGCGGUUGGAGUCAGAGACGUCGGAUCGUGGUGCAAGGUAGAGAUAAUGGUCCUGUAAAAAUGUUAAAACUAUCUCCGUGUCUGUACGUGUGUGAUCCUUGUAGAUGUUUAAAAAACGAUAUUUGUUAACAUGUAUUUAUUAUGAUUCUACUUUUGUGAUGGUUUCUUAGGCUGAACUUUUUUGUGUGUAAAGAUAAAAUACAAUACUCCUAAUUGAACUGUACACAAAUCUGAGAGCGAAAACCCAUGUAAGGCGGAAUAUUCUAACUAAAACCACUCUCAACUUUUGGGACAACCCUAAUUAAGCCGUAAACGUAAAUUAGCAUAACCACAAGGCACCAAACAAAAAACCAAACAA